AUGGAUGACUUUGCGCGUAGAGAGCCUUUAGACCAGCCGUCCCACGAGCCUCCCCCUCAGCCUCACGACGAAACCACGCGGCAGUUCUUCCACCACUCCGGCGCCAGACGCACAAACACCGACACCGUCAUCGCCAAAGCGCUGCGGCAGCAGUACCCGAAUCUGUCUCUGUCCAUCGCGCCAGCCGCAUCAUGCAAUCUCACAGCCUACGCAGCAAGCGGCCACGCCCAGUCCACGCCAUUGACCGACAACGACGACCAUCACGUCCCGGCAUCGCUGUCAUGGAAGGUCUAUCUGCCGCCCGCGAGACGCAUGGACGGAGGCCUCGGCGUCGUUGCAAAGGACACGCAGUUUGAAAAGUACCUGUACCAGUGGAAGGACCACGACUUCAUCGUCUACUUGGUCAACGGCCGUGACGGCGGCCAGUCGUAUCCAAACGUUGUCAACUUUUAUGUGCUGUCGACGAGUGAAGAGCUGGCGACUCAGCUGAUUCUUGCGGCUGGGCAAUGGUCCAGCGACCUGCAUGAGGAGAUCUGGGUGUUUGAUGGAGGCUACUGGUCCAAGAGCGCUGAGCUUUACCAGAGUGCGAUGAAGGCGUCGUGGGAGAGCGUUAUUCUGGAUCAGCAGAUGAAAGAUGCUCUCAUCGAAGACCAUUUGUCCUUCUUUCGGUCGAGAGCUACCUAUGAUCGACUCAAGGUGCCCUGGAAGCGAGGCAUCAUCUAUUACGGCCCGCCUGGAAACGGCAAGACAAUCUCAAUUAAGGCGACGAUGAACAUGCUUUACCAUCUCAAGCGGCCGGUCACGACAUUGUAUGUGAGGUCUCUGAAUUCGUUCUAUGGACCAGAGAAGAGCAUUGAUAUGGUCUUCUCAAAAGCGAGAGAGUUUGCACCGUGCUAUCUCGUUUUCGAAGAUCUCGACACCAUUAUCACGGAUGACGUUCGGAGCUACUUCUUGAACGAGGUAGACGGUUUGAAGAGCAAUGACGGUAUUUUCAUGAUUGGAAGCACCAAUCACCUAGAUCGAUUAGAUCCUGGUAUUGCGAAACGCCCCUCUCGUUUUGACAGAAAAUACCUGUUCCCAGACCCAGACUACGACCAGCGCGUCGCCUACUGCCAUUUCUGGCAGAAGAAACUAUCCGAUAACAAAUCCGUCAGUUUCCCCGACAAUCUCUGCGCAGCCAUUGCGGAGAUUACCGAUGAUUUCAGCUUCGCGUACAUGCAAGAGGCGUUUGUGGCGGCCCUACUUGCCAUUGCGCGGAAAGGUGAGGGCGAUGACGAGAAUGAUGGGCAGGAUGAUGCCAUGGUUAUGACAGUAGACUUGGCGGAGGACGAUUGGGUCCAGGUAUUGGACAAGCCAGUUGAGGAGAAUCCGGACUUGGAUGAGCUGCCCUUGUGGAUUGAGAUUAAGAAGCAGAUUGCAAUAUUGCGUGAGGGCAUGGAAGAGCAGACAGUACAGGUGUAA